UGUCGGAGGAGGCAGACGAGCGCCAUGGAGAUUUGGAGUUCCCAGCAAGGACCUUUCUGCCGUUGACAUCCACGGACCUUUCCGUGUUUAGCGUCCGCGCCGAGCCUCAGCCCAACCGAUAAGUCCUCCAACUCUCUCAUCUUCUCCUUCUCUCUCCCUUCGCGCCUCUAGAGCUCCUGGUUUCUGGCUUUUAUUCACCCAUCCAGGCCGGCACUAUGGCUUCUAACGAGAAGACAACUAGCGCGACUCCUACUCAGGACACUCCCCUUCUUGGGAACGAGCAGUCCUCUCAGACCGAUAUCACCAAGGUUGCUGAUGAGUUCUCCUUCCUUGCUCCCCGCGAUGCCCAGAUCCUCCGUGAACAGGUCAGCGUUCCGGAGGUUCACGCUGGAUUCUUUUCCAUGUUCCGCUACGUGACUCCCUCCGACACCGCUCUUCUGAUAAUAGGCUCUAUCGCUGGUGUCCUCGAAGGCGCCGCAAAGCCGCUCAUGACUGUGGUCUUUGGCCAGCUUACCCAGCUCUUCACCGAUUACUACCGAUACAACCCUUAUGACAGCCAGAUCUUCUUCAACGGCACUUACACCGACUCCUUCUUCAACGGCACCUACUUCAACGGCACUGCCGCCAACAGCUCCUCUUCCUGGUCGCCUUUCAACAGCACCGAAUUUGGCUUCGACUACUAUGAAGACUUCAUGAGCAACUACAUCUCUCCCGAUGAGUUCCAGCGAAGAGUCAACUACUUGGUUUUGUUCUUUGUUUACAUUGGUAUCGCCGACGUUAUCCUCUCAUACAUCAUGAUGUACAUCUUCAUCGACCGUGGAGAGGUUCUCUCUUCCCGUAUUCGCGAGCAGUACCUCAGAGCCACCCUCAAGCAGAACAUGGGCUACUUUGACCGUCUGGGAUCCGGUGAGGUUACUACUAGAAUCUCAUCUGACACCCUACUUGUUCAAGACGCCAUGUCUGAGAAGGUCGGCUUUAUCAUUUCUAACGUGACCACCUUCUUUGGUGCUUUCGUUGUCGGAUUUAUUCGCUCGUACAAGCUGACCUUCAUCAUGACCUCCGUUGCGGCCUUCAUCAUUGCUACCUUCUUCAUCUCUUCCGGAAAGAUGACCAAGUACUACAAGCUCGCUCUCGGUGGUGUCUCUAUCGGAGGUACCCUUGCCGAGGAGAUCCUCUCCAGCGUUCGUAUUGUUCAGGCUUUCGGCAUCCAGGAUCGCUUGUCUAUCAAGUAUGACACCUUCCUCGCCGUUUCUGAGAAGUACGCCAUCAAGGCUGGACUUGCUGCCGGUGUCAUGACUGGUACCAUGUGGCUCGGUGUUUUCUCCAACGAUUCGCUCUCUUUCUGGCAGGGAGCUCGCUUCCUCGCCCGCGAUGAGCUUACUGUUGGCGCCGUCAUCUCGAUUUUGAUGGUCAUGGUCCAGGGAACUUACGCCAUUGCCAACAUCUCUCCCCAUGUCCGCAGUCUUACCAACGGUGUUGCUGCUGCUGGCAAGAUUUUCCAGACCAUCGACCGUCAGUCGGUUAUCGACUCUUCGCUCGAGUCUGGAAAGAAGCUCGAGAAGGUCAAUGGUGAUAUUGAGCUCCGUGACAUCCGCUUCAUCUACCCUUCGCGUCCCAACGUCACCGUUUUGGACCACUACUACCUUAAGAUCAAGGCCGGUCAGACUGUCGCUCUCGUCGGUGCCUCUGGCUCUGGCAAAUCGACCAUCGUCGGUCUUCUUGAGCGCUUCUACAAGCCUCUUAACGGUGAGGUUCUUCUUGAUGGUAUCAACAUUGAGGAGCUCAACGUUCACUGGUUGCGUUCGCAGAUCUCUCUCGUCUCUCAGGAGCCUUCUCUUUUCUCGUGCUCUGUCUUCGAGAAUGUCGCCCACGGACUUAUUGGUACCCCCUACGAGCAUGUGUCUCCUGCUGAGAAGGAGCGUCUUGUGAAUGAGGCGUGCAAGCAGGCCAACGCUAUGGAUUUCAUCAACAGCCUUCCCGAGGGCAUCAACACUGAUGUCGGUGAGCGCGGUUUCUUGAUGUCUGGUGGUCAGAAGCAGCGUAUUGCUAUUGCUCGUGCUAUUGUUGGUAACCCCAAGAUCUUGCUCCUUGAUGAAGCUACAUCUGCUCUUGAUACCAAGUCUGAGGGUGUCGUUCAGGAGGCUCUUGACCGUGCCUCGAAGAACCGCACCACUAUUGUUAUUGCUCACCGUCUGUCUACUAUCAAGGAUGCUGACUGCAUUGUUGUCAUGCGCAGUGGUGUUAUCCUUGAGAUGGGCACUCACAAUGAACUUCUGGCCAAGCAGGGCUCCUACUACGAGCUUGUGGAGACCCAAAAGAUCCACCAGCAGAAGGAAGAGCUCAUUGCCGAACUUCAAAGCCACACCCACGGAACCUCCUCUACUGAAGGCUCCAGCGACUCGAUCUCCUCUGUUGACGAGAAGGCCUCGUACGAUGCCGAGAACGAGAAGGUUGCGAGCGAGACUGAGCAGCUUCUCGGUCUUCACAAGACCAAGACCGGCAAGUCCAUGUCGAGCGUUGCCAUCGGCGAGCUCGAGGAGAACAACGCUGAAUACGGAUUCUUUGAGACUCUUAGCUUCAUUCUUGGACUUUCCACUCCCGAGAUUCGCUUCAACCUUGUCGGUGGUGUUUUCUCGGGAAUUCUCGGGCUCAGUUAUCCUGCUCUCGGUCUGUUCUACGGCCGUUGCAUUGAGGCUUUCCGCUCCUACCCCCAGGACCGCGAGUUCAUGCUCAGAGAGGUCGACGUUUUCGCCGGUCUGUUCUUCAUGCUUGCCUGUGUUGCCUUCCUUUCCGCUGUUAUCUCGCUCAGUAUGUUUGCUUAUGCCGGUCAGAAGUUGGUUCGCCGUAUCCGUCUCAUGACUCUGCGCCAGAUGCUCCGUAUGGAUAUCGCUUUCUUUGACCGCGACGAGAACACCACUGGCUCCCUUACCAGCACUCUCUCGCGUGAUGCUCAGGCUGUCGACGGUCUCUCUGGAACUACUCUUGGUCAGAUCCUGUCGUCGAUGAUGAUUGUUGUUUCUUCUGUCACUCUCAGUGUCAUCGUCUCUUGGAACCUUGGUCUCGUGUGCUCAGCUACUGUGCCUAUCAUGUUGUUUGCUGGUUUCUACCGCUUCUACAUUCUCGCAAAGCUGAACCGCCAGAACCAGAGCUCGCACAUGGCCUCUGCCGCUUACGCGUGCGAGGCGUCCACUUCUAUUCGCACCGUCGCCGCUCUUACUCGUGAAGACGACGUUAUGCAGCACUUCAAGGAGGAUCUUGACCAGCUCAUUGUUCAUAACCGUCCUUCAAGCCACUACUCUGCCUUCUUGUACGGAUUUGCCCAGGGUAUGGUCUACUUUAUCCUGGCUCUUUCUUUCUGGUACGGAUCACGUUUCCUUCGCACCAGAGAGUACACUCUGUUCCAGUUCUACGUGACCGUCAUGGCUGUCGUCUUCGGUGCUCAAUCUGCUGGUAUCAUGUUCUCGUAUGCUCCUGAUAUGGGUAAGGCGUACCACGCCACCCAGAACAUCAAGAGACUGCUCGAGAUGGUUCCGUCGAUCGAUCCCUGGAGUGGUGAGGGCCAGGCUCCUGGCGAGGUCAAGGGAGAAGUCGAGUUCAAGAACGUGCACUUCAGAUACCCUACUCGUCCCCAGGUUCCUGUCUUGCGUGGACUGAACUUGAAGAUCAAGCCCGGUCAGUUCGUGGCGCUUGUCGGCUCAUCGGGCUGCGGAAAGUCCACGACUAUUGGUCUCAUGGAGCGCUUCUACACCCCAUUGGCUGGCCAGAUUUAUCUUGAUGGCCAGGAUAUCACAAAGCUGAACAUCAACAUGUACCGGAAAAACAUUGCUCUUGUGUCUCAGGAGCCUACCCUGUACGCAGGUUCGAUCCUGGAGAACGUUCAGCUUGGCAGCAGCGACCCUGUGACUGAGGAACAGGUCAUCGCCGCUUGCAAGCAGGCCAACAUCCACGAUUUCAUUAUGUCGCUCCCUGAUGGAUACCAGACCCUGUGUGGAUCCAAGGGUGCUCUCCUUUCUGGUGGACAGAAGCAGCGUAUUGCUAUUGCCCGUGCUCUUAUCAGAGAGCCCAAGAUUUUGUUGCUUGACGAGGCUACUUCUGCUCUCGACUCCGAGUCGGAGAAGAUCGUCCAGGCUGCUCUCGAUGCUGCCGCCAAGGGCCGCACUACAAUCUCCAUCGCUCACAGACUUUCCACCAUCCAGAAGGCUGAUGUUAUCUUUGUGUUUGAGCACGGAAAGAUUCUGGAGUACGGAACUCAUCAGGAGCUUCUGAACAACAAGUCGAAGUACUACGAGUUGGUUCAGAUGCAGGCGUUAGAGGCUUCGGAGUAAGAAGCCAUACAGUGAAUUUGAUUUAUUAGAUUGGAGGGUAUAACAUGGACGGGGGAUGAGGUUUUUUAUUUUUUUGAGUCUAUUGCACAACGCAUAGAGUAGGAGAUUGGGUAUACUUAAACAUUUUUAUUUUUCUGUUCUUUAUUUCUGUACAUUGCAUCAUUCUUUUUCUUUUUUCUUUUUUAUAUUGGAUGAGAAGGAUGCCACCCACACACACAACU